UCCUGGUAAUCUGGUUCAGCCCGGUAGUCUGGACAGACGUUGGUUGGGUGGAUGGGAGCGUGCACGGAUGUUGGUGGGGGUCGGCAUUAGAAGUGCGCCUCUGCUAUGAAGCGAGUGAGGGGUUAGAUCCUGUUAAUCCGCGUUAACAGAUUAAUUAUCUUUGGCCAAUAUCGUGUCACUGCAGUGUUGUGAAGUUGCUUGGGCGCUAAGCUUCGGAGGGCUACAAUACAACGAUAAAGAGUCCCUUAGGGGUGUCUCCUCAAUCUUAAUCCCUCACUCUCUCUCCCUCUCUCUCUCUUUCCCUCUCUCUCUCUCUCUCUCUUACUCACUCGCGCUCACUGAGAGCUCCUCUCCCAUCCAUCAACACAAUCACCUUUCCACUGUCACCCGACAACCAGACAAUUAUUGGCCAUUCAAUAUUUAAAUAGUUUCUGUCACUAUUGGCCCAUUUCCCCCCCCUUCAUUUUUUUUUGACAUAUUUUUUUAUUUUAUUUUUUGGCAUGUCUCCAAGCCAUGUUUCCAGGAUGGUGAUUUUUCAAGAGCGUCACGCGCUGAUGGCUGGCAGUAUACCUCUCUGAGUGGGUAAAUAUUUCACGGGCGCCGGCAAAGAGCAGAGACAGCAGGAGAGAAGAAAACCUCCCACCACAGCCUCCAGAGGUUGGAGGAGGAGCCCGGGGGGCAGUAGAAAAUGGCUGCCAUGACAACGGUACCCAGCUAUACGCCCUCGCUAUGGGUGAGAGUGUGUCACGCCCUCCCCCGGCUGGACCUCACCAUGCAGAUGAGGGACAACACCUUUGUCCCCGACAGCUGGGAGUACCAGCAGACUUUGCUGGUUUUGUCCAGUUUGUCGGCCGUCGCUCUUGUCGUCUCCCUCCUGGUGGUCCUCUCCUUCCUCAUACACUACUGCUGCUGUCACCGUGGAGACCGGAGCGAGGGAUCAGAAGAAGAGGAGGAGGAUGAAGACGGCAGCACGGGUCACGGUUACAGCGGAAAGAAGGGGAGGGGCAUCUGCUGCGUCACGUGGGUGGCGGUGGCAGCUGUCACGCUGUGCUGUGUUGCCAUAGGCAUCGGUUUCUAUGGCAACAGCGAGGCUAAUGAUGGGAUGUAUCAGUUGACCUCGUCUCUUCUCACAGCCAAUUACACGCUAGCUUCAAUCGAUCUGCUGAUUUCAGACACAAUUACUGGCCUGCAGCUGUCCAUCACUGGCCCUCUGUCGUCCAUGGAGGAGCUGUUUACCGGCAGCAAACCCUUCUUGGUGUCGACGAGGAACUGCCGGAGGUUGUCAGAGAAUGUGAUCAACCUCCUCUCCUCCAUCUCCCUGGCUCGGUCCAGCGCUGACGCGGGGCUGGGGAACGACAGCAGCGUCAGCGGGGCGUCCAUCAUACCCCUGACCCCCGUACCUCCCUCCAUGGCUCCGACUGUGGUGCCUACUAGCGGCUUAAUGCCCAGCCCCUUCUCACCUGGCUGGGCGGCCAACACGCUGAUGGUCAACGAGGACUACAGGUGGCUGUCGUAUGUGCUGCUGCUGCUGCUUGACCUCAUAGUGUGUCUGUUCAUCUUGCUGGGACUGGCCAAACAGGCCCGCUGGCUCCUCAUCCUGAUGACCGUGCUGGCAUGGCUGGCUCUGUUCCUCAGCUGGGGCUCCCUGGGCCUGGAGACGGCCACUGUGGUGGCUCUCAGUGACUUCUGCACAGAUCCGAACGUCUUCGUCCUCAACUCCACCAACUUCAACACGGGGACCAGCUCAGACGUGUUGGAUUAUUAUCUGACCUGCAGCAGGCGCAUGAACAGUCCAUUCCAGCAGCUGCUGACCCAGUCGCAGAGGGCGCUCUCAAACAUCCACACACACCUCUCCAGUCUGGACAGAAACGCUCUCCCGCAGUUCCCCAAAGCUGAGAAAUCACUCAGGGAGGUUCAACAGAUCCUCAACUCCACAGAGGGCAACUUUCAUCAGCUGGUGGCACUACUGAACUGCCGGGGUCUGAAUAAGGACUACAUCGACUCGCUGAAAGGCCUGUGUUACGAUGGGAUGGAGGGAUUGCUCUACCUCUCCCUUUACUCUUUCCUCUCUGCUCUGGCCUUCACUGCCAUCCUCUGCUCUCUGCCUGGAGCCUGGAGGAGCUUCCCCAGCGAAUCAGAGGAGUACGAAGACUCGGACAGCGAGAGUGAGGACCCCUUCACCUCCCAUCAGGCACGUAGACAGACGGCCUCGGGGUCUCAGCGAGGGGCCAUGGCCCCCUUCUAUAAUUACCCGGGGGCCGGGUGGACACCCCCGUUUUCUAGCGCGCCGCCUCUUCCGACUCCAAACGUUUCCUCCAAUGGCAACCCUGGCUAUGAGAGCCUACCCUUGACUGACAGGCAGUCCCCACCCCCCUCUUACUCUCCCAGCAUGCUGACUGGUUACGGGGGAAGUCAAUCACACCCCAACCCCGCCCAUUCGAGGAACCUGUAUUCACGUUGAAUUUUAUUUUCUUUUUGUUAGAAAAUGUAUAGAAAAAAAAAACGUUUAGUUUUCAUAUGGAUGGACACUUUAAUGAAAUGAAGAAGAAACUAAUCUAAAUAAAAAUGAAUGCUAGGCGUGAAUUCAAAGUGCGUAACGUCAGUACCACUGAGUAUUACUAUUAAAAGCACUUAAAAGAAACGGUCCUAAAGGGGCUGCUAAUAUAAUCUAUGGUGAUGUUGCUGGUUGCGCAAAACCUACGAACCGAGGUCUAAAUUAUUCCCCCUCAUUCCCCUCUGUGUAAACUGUGAACAGUGGUGAGGCAAGUCAGAAUGGUAUUGACGUUACUACGUUGUAGUUUUAUAUUCUUAAUGUAUCCGUACCACCAAUUUUAUUUUCAAGUUUUUAUAUGGAUAUUGUUGUAGAAAAGCACUGGCACGUAGCAACAAGACACAUUUUUUUCUGUGAAUGGUUAUGCAGUUCCUUCACUUGGUAUAUAUAUAUUAUUUUUUAUUCAUACUUUUUAUAGGUGGCAAUUCUGUAUUUUCCUUGUAUUACCUUAUGGUAUUCUGUAUAUCUCACUGUCUAUAAUAUCUGAUUAAUCAUGAACCUUUGCUCUUAUAAAAAAAAAAAGAAAAAAUACUUGAGGGCUACCAAGACCCCGUUUUAAUGAUUGAAUGGAGAAUUACAACUGCCACUCAAAGCCACAAGAGUGGAGGACUACAAAUCCCAUGCAAUGACAGCAGGUACAUAGCAAUAUGAUUCUUGCUACUGGUGCUGCAGUAGCCCUACCGUAACUAGCAAUAAUAACUAUGUAUAGCAUUGGGUUUCUGAGAUCUUUCCGAGAUGUUUUGUGUAUAUAUGGUAUGGUUUGAGAUUUCAUUGAACUCCCCCCCUUCCUUACCAACUGACCUUGUUAACCCCCUUGAAUUGAGUUUGUAUGGUUAUCAAUGCUCCUUUUGAAUGGCAUCCUUUUACACUCAAGAGUCUAAUAUAAAUAAAAAUAACUUCAAUAACCCGA